GUGGCUGCCGGGAGCGGGCUGCGCCAGACGCCGAGGGGCCGGCGCCCGCCGCGGUUGAUGGGUCCGCCGGUCGCAUAGGGGCCAUGCCGCCCGGGCCCCGGGCCUGCCCCGCUGUGCGCCCCGGCCGCCGCGCCCCGCGUCCGCGUCGGCAUGGUGAACCUGGCGGCUAUGGUGUGGCGCCGGCUCCUCCGGAAGAGGUGGGUGCUCGCCCUGGUCUUCGGGCUCUCGCUCGUCUACUUCCUCAGCAGCACCUUCAAGCAGGAGGAGAGGGCAGUGAGGGAUCGGAAUCUCCUCCAGGUUCAAGACCACGACCAGCCCAUUCCGUGGAAAGUGCAGUUUCACCUGGGCAACAGCAGUCGGCCGGGCAGCCAGUGCCGGAACUCCAUUCAAGGGAAGCACCUCAUCACAGACGAGCUAGGAUACAUCUGUGAAAGGAAGGACUUGCUGGUGAACGGCUGUUGUAACGUCCACGUCCCCGGCGCGCAGCAGUACCGCUGCGACGGCUGCCUGCCCAAUGGCUGCUGCGGCGCUUACGAGUACUGCGUGUCCUGCUGCCUGCAGCCCAGCAAGCAACUUCUCCUGGAGCGCUUCCUCAGCCGGGCAGCCGUGGCAUUCCAGAACCUCUUCAUGGCCGUCGAAGAUCACUUUGAGUUGUGUCUGGCCAAGUGCAGAACCUCGUCCCAGAGCGUGCAGCACGAGAACACCUAUAGGGACCCCAUAGCCAAGUAUUGCUACGGAGAGAGCCCUCCUGAGCUCUUCCCUGCGUGACAGCCAUGGGAGACGACGCAAGGGCGACCAGGCACCACCGAAGAACCUGUGGCCCGAAGCCACGCUCCAGUGCUCUCUAGUCCGCUUGGAAGAAGAGGGUCUUCAUGCUUUGACCUUGGCUUUGACCACUUCCUGUGUUGUACUCUUUGGCCUCACUCUCCACUGGGCUUCACCCCGUGAAACUGUUCCGUAAAACAGCUUGGAAACGCCAGUGAGCCACGUUCAGGAACAGACUAAAGGCCAGCUUGUGGCGGUGUGGGCACCUGGGGACACCUCUACCGCUGUAGCCUUGCGGAGCCCUUCACUGUAAAGUUAUUUAUUGCGUUUCUUUGGGGUGGUGGGAAGAUGAUGGUGUUUUAUAGCAGAGGAUGCCUUGCCUUGAUAGUCGAAUAUAUUCAAGGAAAUUAUUGUUGAUCUUGUUUUCUUGUGUUCUUGAGUUUCGUGAGCUAAGUCAUCCCUUCUCCCAGGUAAGAUGUUGGCCUCUCUGAACAUGCAUGUUCUCUCAAGGUAGUUAUUUUUAGUUUUCUUUUAACAGCAUCUUCCGGAGUGGGCUCUGAACACUGUAUCCUGACAUGUAAAACUGUCAAUAACUCAAAGGUACUGUUCCAUUCCAGCUCUCUGUACUGUCUUCCCGGCCGGGGCACCAGGUACCCUCAGGUGUUUUCGUAGUGGUAUUCGAAUGUGCGUGCAUAGCUGUGCGUGAGCACGGUUACAGCCAGAAGUUCUGACUUGCUGCUCGGGAUGAUUCUGUUCUCCUUUCCUACGCCACUGUGGACGUGACCGUGCUCCGCUCAGCCACAGUACGUGGGCGCCUCUUCAGUCAUGGGGACCUGGUACUAAAGGGAUUCCCAGGUGGAGACACAUCCAGCAGAGAGACUGGCUGGGAGAGUCACCUUCCUGCUUUCAGCUUCGGAACACAGAACAGAUUUGGACCUUCACUUGUGAUUUGCAAAGAAGAAGAAAACCCAGGUUUCUAUCAAGGUUCUGUGAGAGAGUUACUCCUCCCCUCAGUGGGACGUGUCCAUGAACGCUGGACAUGCAGUUGCAGCCCACACGCUCGAGGCAACCCCCCCCCAGGUUUCUAGUGUGACACUGAACCUCUCAGGCUCGAGGUCUGUGAUCUUUGGACCUCAGAUCAAAGACAUCCUGCCCCUCAAGUAGUACAGCUCUUUGCUCUCAGCAGACGUUAACGCACAGAUCUUUCCUGGAGACACUCACUUGGGCAAGGUGUUCUUCAUUUUUUGGUUGUUCAAGUUGUCCUUGAAGCAGGGCACUAGUUCUACAAUCCACUUCCGAUAUGUAUAUAUUUUUUCCAGCAGGGCCUUUUCACUGGACCAUGUUUGCCUUCCAGUAUGUUCCUGCAGUGUGUAGCAGUUAAAGUUUCCCUUAACUUCCUUCCGUUACUUCUUAGACUUAUCUUCCCAAAGUGGUUUGUCCCCCUAAAUAAGCUUUCUAAGGGGCGAACAGUCUGGCAAUUGUUCUUUAAUGUGUUUUUCCACCAGAAAAUCUAUUUAAUCUGCAUUGGACUUUGUGGAUUCUUUGUGCGUUCAUGGUGCUAAAUCAGACUUUGCGAAAGACCUGUGCGUGUCUGGGAUGUUUCGGCAUCUCACUCUUUUUGGUACCUCAGUCUGGUGUGGGAGUCUGUCUCACGUGGGUUGUCACUGGUAUCAGUCUCUCCUUGGAGCUUAUGUGAACUUGUGAGCAAUGUAACGUAGACUUAAUGUGAAAACCGCUCGUAGC